AUGGGUGAAAAGAAAAUGGAAAUGUUUUUGAGGAUUAUGGUUAUCUUUUGUGCGAUAGCAUUAAUUGGUCUAACUGUACCUUAUUGGAUCUAUCUUAAAUAUGCAGUCGAUGAUUCAGCUUGGGUUGCAUUUGCCAUAUAUCUAAUAUCAGCACUGCUGUUGAUUUUCUUGGCUUUCAUUGGUAUUUUUGGUGCUGUCAAGAAGAACAGAGGUUUACUUUUAUAUUUUGCAGUUGUAAUGAUUAUUAUGUUAUUGUUUGCAGUUGCUCAGAUUAUCGUAACAACAUUGGAUCUAACAGAUUGCAGUGAUAAGGGUAACAACUUUAGUUUCCUAUGUUCAAGAAAUUCAGCAGGUUACUACGCACCGGUUGCCGUAUUACUAUUUAUUAAUUUGUUUGGUGCUAUCGUUGCGUUGGUACUAAGAUGGAAAUUGGUUCACGAUACAUCUGGAAACUACUAUUAA